UCAAAGGAUUAUGAUAGCAUUUGCAACGAGUUCAAUACAACCAUCAGUUUUAAUGGUUUAAAUUUAGAUAAUAUAAGAGCAAGUUUUUUAACCAGUCCAUUAAUAACAUGUUUAAAUGUCAGUAGUAAUAAUGUACAAUCAAUUAAUUUCAAUGCUUUCGACGGUUUGCCUAAUUUAAGAUAUUUGGAUUUGUCAAACAACACGUUUGAUUCGAACUAUUUUUUUUACAAUGGCUUAUCAAAUUUGGAGACUCUUAUCCUUGAUGGUAAUGGUCACUAUACGGAAAAAAUAUAUGAUUAUCGCGAUUAUAACUGGUUUAGAUCAAAUAAAAUACAAAUAAGUGUAGUUUAUCCGAAAUUGAGAAAAUUGUUCGCAAGAAAUUUCAUAUAUCCACUUAUCAUUACCACGACAUCAAAAUCUAACUUUCCAACAUUGACGCAUUUGUACCUUUCCGGAAGUAAGAUACGAGAAAAUGACUUUGAUUGGCUACCUGAUUCGUUAGAAUAUUUGGACCUUUCGGGCCAUGGUUUCAAAAGUUUUACCUUAAAAAACUUGAAAAAUUUAACGCACAUUAUCCUUGAUAAUCCCAGCGAAGAUGGAUUAAGUGAGAUUGAUUUUGCGAAUUUAGUUAAUUUACAAUAUUUAUCAGCAUCAUCUAAUCAAAUAAGUGUCAUUACAUCUACUACAUUUGCGAACUUAAGUUCGUUACUAUUUUUGGAUCUGACUAAUAAUAGUAUUUCACGCAUCGAUGAAGGAGUUUUCAACGGUAUGGCAAACUUAAAAUUUCUAAAAUUGUCCAGCAACAACAUUGACUUUCUAGAAAGUGGGAUUUUUGAUAAAUUAAAUAACUUAGAGACAUUAGCAUUGGACAAAAAUGUUGUCUCUGUUUUCCCUGUUGUACAGAAUGAGAUGAAAUUGAAAGAAUUAUUUUUAAAUUGCAAUAAAAUUCAAAUGAUUGUUGGAGGUGUCUUUUCAAAAAUGAAAUAUUUAGAGAUAUUACAUUUACAUGAUAAUGAAAUAUUAUAUAUUUAUCCAGAAACUUUUGCUGGUCUAGAAAAUCUCAAAAUAUUAACAUUAUCAUACAACAAUUUGUCAACUCUUCCAUAUAACUGGAUGUCACCGAUGACAAGUCUUGAAAACUUAGAUCUUACUGGUAAUAAUAUCACAGAUUUAGCCGAUUUGUCCUUAAGUAAUCUGUCUCCCAUUAGAAAUUUGUACCUAUCUAAUCAGCUGCGAUCGAUUAAAACAAGUUCUUUAAAUGAUAUUCCCAAAAAUCUGACCAUUUCUCUAGAUUCUGACUAUGUAUUUAUUAAUAAGUGUGUUAAAAGCAGCGAAAAAUAUCCAAUCUAUAACAAUUAUGAUUAGCCAUUGAAAUAACUUUAAAAUUCAAUAAUCAUUUAGAAUA